GCCAUGGAUUUCCCAGGAGGAAGAAUCCCAUUUGUUUCUCAAAUGAAAUUCAUUUCAGAGUCAUUAGAAACAAGGUUAGCUUGUUAUAGAGUUCUUGACAAUAAUGGCUCUCCAAUUCCAGGCAGUGUAUUUGAACAGGUGAGGAAAGAUUUGGCAGUGAAGAUGUAUAGUACAAUGGUGACCCUUCAAAUAAUGGACAGCAUUUUUGAUGAAGCAAAAAAACAAGGGAGGUUAUCCUUUUAUAUGACCAGUGUUGGAGAAGAAGCCAUUAACAUAGCUUCUGCUGCUGCCCUCACCUCAGAUGACAUUGUCUUGCUGCAGUAUAGGGAGACCGGUGUUCUGUUAUGGCGUGGCUUCACCCUGGAAGAAUUUACCAGUCAAUUGCUUGGAAAUAAGGGUGACAAUGGAAAAGGCAGGCAAAUGCCAAUACAUUAUGGUUCUAACAAGCUCAAUUAUUUCACUGUCUCUUCAACUAUCGCCACACAGCUUCCACAGGCUGUAGGCGUGGCUUAUGCGCUGAAAAUGGAUAAAAAGGAGGCUUGUGUUGUCACUUAUUUUGGAGAUGGUACCACUAGUGAGGGAGAUUUCCAUGCUGCUUUGAAUUUUGCGGCAGUUCUUGAAGCUCCUAUUAUAUUUCUAUGCCGCAACAAUGGAUGGGCCAUUAGCACCCCUGUCGCUGAGCAAUUCCGAAGUGAUGGAGUCGCGAUUAAAGGGCAAGCUUAUGGGGUUCGAAGUAUUCGUGUGGAUGGCAAUGAUGCUCUUGCAGUUUAUAGUGCUAUUCGUGCAGCUCGCGAAAUGGCGAUAAAGGAACAAAGGCCAAUAAUAGUAGAGGCCAUGGCUUAUCGAGUAGGCGACCAUGCAUCGUCUGAUGAUUCAACCAAGUACCGAUCCAGGGAGGAAAUCGAGUACUGGAGAAGAGGAUGCUCAGUAGCCAGAUUCAGAAAAUGGAUACAGAAAAAUGGUUGGUGGAGUGAUGAAGAGGAAUUAGAAUUCCGGGGAAAUACCAAAGAGCAGGUGUUGCAAGCACUUGAAAGAGCAGAGGAAACAGAGAAACCUCCCUUGGCAGAUUUGUUUACUGAUGUUUAUGAUCAAAUCCCAUCAAAUCUUCAAGAACAAGAGAGGUAUAUUAGAGACGCGAUAAAGAGACGACCAAAUGAGUAUCCUUCUAAUAUACCUCUAUAG